GCUAAUGGCUAGCGUGGGAGAUCCUAGGCCCUAUAUUCCAUUGUUGGACAAGAAAAUAUCCCUGUUUGCUUCGCCUGCACUGACUUGUUCAUUUUCCGUUGUACCUUUUGCAGUAGCUUUUUAUUGUUUAUAUUCCACUUGUCUCCCUAUUUCUCUCUCUGCAAUUCAAAAUUGCCUAGUUUUUGCUGUAUAAAACCCACUUUUCUGCAAUUCCAAGGAACACCCUACCACUGUUCUUGAAUUACGAAACUUUCAGUUUGUAAUUUUGUAUUUACUUCAAACCAUGGGAUGUUCUACAACUUCUACAACUAACUGUGAUGAUGGAGGGAAACGGGAAGCUGAGGACGAUGAAGCAUCGUCAUUGUGUGAUCUGCCAGUCCAAUUGAUUAAAGAAGAUAACCAAAUUCACACAAGGAAUGAAGAUGACGAAGAAUCCCAAGCAACUAAAACCGAUGAAGAUUUCAACUUUGGUUUUUUGUGUGGCUCUCUUUCAACUUAACCGGAAAUGUGUGCUGCUGAUGAAGUGUUCUUUCAAGGCCAGAUUCUGCCCCUCCGUCUCUCAGUUAGCUCAGCCAGUGGGCUCACAGGGUGCCGCGAAGAUAGCUUGUCAAGGUCCGAAUCCAUGGACCAUGGUUCAUUGAGUAGGUUUACUAGUGUUAGUAGCAGUAGCAGGAGCAGCAGCUUCAAUUCCAUCUCAAAUGACAGUUCAAGUUAUUACAAGUCAAAGCCAGUGAAAACCAGAAACAACUUCAACAUACAUCCAAGUCCAAAACCUCAUAUAAGAUCGUCCAGAGCUCAUCGGCCAGUAAAUGUCGGCAGGCGAAACCCGAAAUCAUCGAUGUGGGAUUUUUUCAGGUUAGGCUUGGUUCGAGCACCAGAGCUCGAAUUAACAGACUUGAAAACUCGUAGCAGCAACAACAACAACGGCAAUAAAAUUUCCGUCAGCCGAAACAACAGUUGUAAUAGUUAUAGCAGUAACGACAGUUCAAGCACCAAGAAAAGCACAACCAAGAUUGUUAACAAAAGUGGUGAAGUAGUAAAAAAUCCGCAAAAUUUUAACAAAGGGUUCCUGGGGAAGAGAAUAGGAUCGUUGAGUGGUUGUAAAUGUUCGGUUAAUGCAGUCGAAACAGUUCCAUUGAACGACAUAACGGUGAUCAAACGCAGCAACAAAAUUGACGCCAUGGAAGACGAGAAGAAGCUUCUGCAAGAAUUGAAGAUGAAGAAGAAAAGGAAAGAAAAGCAAGUUUUCUUACGUAAUCGAACGUUUGAAUGGUUAACAGAACUUUCACAUGGAAGCUAUGUCCAUGAAUCCUUAAAAGAACACCCAUGAAUAAUUCCUCGCAUGCUUACUUUUUCAUUUCUUUUAUCAGUAUCACUUUUUUCCGUUUAUUUUAUGGAUUAUAUAUAUUGAAAUA